CUACAAACCACUAUUUGAAACAACGAAGAAGAAAAGCAGCUCCUUGUCUAUUUCCGGUUAGCAAAAAUGGCUCAAGGUUCAAAGAAGUUUAAAGCUCAGCGGCCAGGAAUCUCUAAAAAAUCACACCAAAACAAGGCGAAAGGACCGAAGAAAGGAGGGAGGCUCAUUGCACCUAAGAAGACUCACGUGGUUGAGCAACAGAAGCUGAAGAAGGGUCUAGAAGUUGCCAUCAGGAACAAGAUUGAGCAGGAGGUGACCCACAAGGCAAGUUUAAAACUCCACAAGCCACUGAGUGUGGUUAAAGGGGCUGAACGUGAAGACAACCCAGGAGCACCCCGUCCCGGAACCAGCUCCAAAUAGGACCUGAUGCACAAACCUGACGCUGAGCGUGCUAAACUUUAGGACUUAGUCAUGGGGUGAAUUACAUUGAUCCCAUGACUCAGAUUUAAGAUACACGCAAGCUGUCCUGCUGUUUUUUAUUCCUGAAUGUUUUGGCUGACUUCAGGCAUACAUAAAUAGUCAGAGCCCUUCUUGUACAGAUGGUAAUUCUUAGUUUUUCAGUUUACAAAGAAAUGUGUAAAUAGAGACAUUCUGGGCCCUGGGAAUUACAUAAACCUCCACUAGGGGGCACCACAGGACUUUAUUGACUCAUGGCGUUUCUGAUUUGUGUGCUUGUUUUUUUGUUGUAAAAAUCUUGCAUGAAAACAACAUAAGAAACCAUGAUUUCAUGACCUUUGUAUUUUACCACCCCAACACAGGUUUUGUAACAUUCUUUUGUAUGAUUGUACAGAAAACUAUGAAUUAUCCGAGUAAAAUAAUAUCUUAAACUUGUCA